AUGCCCUUGGCAGAACGGCAAGGAGAACUUCUGGCGGAGGACGAGUUGGCUCUACAUGGCAUGCAUGAUGCCUACAACGACCCCAUGGCCAUCGAUGAAGCAGCAGGAGAAUAUCGACGACGGCAUCAGAUCCGUGAGCGAGCUCGACAGAACAACGGAACAGUCUACGUGGGCAUGAGGACUAGGCUCUGGCGAUGCUCCCGGGAACAACUUCGAGCUGCCCUUCCUAGCGAGCUUUUGGGCCGAGAUCUCAUCUCCAAUCCUGAGCUGGGAGAACUACUUCGACAGGUUGUCUCUGGAACACAUGCAGGAACAGUUGAUGUCUCUCGAGAAGGACCUCCCACAGGAGAAGAGGCUUAUGGUCCAGUCCAACGUGAAGAGGAGGGCAUUCCCCUUGGACAUCCGGUGGAAGUCUCCAGUGCAAGAGGACCUGGUGCGUCCGAUCAGUCAGAACACAGUGGACCAUCCUCGAACGAGUCCGGCCAGUCUCAGUGGAUUCCUCCAGGGUUGAUACCAAACAUCACCCCAGCACCACGGCAACAGCUUCCUCCAGUUCCGGAGGAUGAAGAUCUCGACCUCCAGGACUCACUCCAGUACCGUCCAGACGACAGUCAAUCAAUGAACCAGCCUCGGAGCCUCCAACUAUGGCACCGGCAGAAGACUAUGACAUCAAUGAGCUACUCCGCGAAGUUUCUGCCGACUCCGGCGCAAGCCCAGAGGUCAUUCCGGAGCCCCCCCAGCAAAGUUGCCAGAACAGACAGCCUGGAGGAGACGCACACUAGAGCUCCUGGAACACCAGUCGAUCGACUACUCAGCCGUAUCCCGAGAGAGCUAUCUCCAGAACAUCAUCCAGCAGCAGCUUCGUCCUCUUUGACACCGGCUGAAGAUUUGGGGUCCGAUGGGCGAGUCUCGCGUCAGGUCUCCGAGUUCGAGAAUCUCCGCCAGAACUAUUACUGCCGCAACGUGAUUCCCGAGGACCACGACCACCAGGAAUGGAGCGGCUCCUUCUUCAACUACCAGCUCGGAGACCAGAUCCUGACAGUGAGCUCGGAGGGGUCCUGGAACUUCAUGGCAAAGCGAAAUGAUGAGAUCUCCCUCAAGGACCUGACUGCCGAGGAGAGGGUUCUCUUUGACGAAUCCGACGAUGUGGAGUGGACGGCAGUGGAGAAGACGGGCACCAUCAAGGUUCUCAUGGGCAAGGAGGCGAACGACAUGAGAAAGAAGUAUCCUGAUCGAAUCCUCUCCUCAAGGAUGGUCAGGAGAAAGAAGCCGCAGCCGGAGCUACACUCGUGGAAGGCCAAGAGAGCGCUCAUUCAGAUCGUGGUCCCGGUGUACGGGCUAGAUGACGUCGAUGACUUCAUUGUGGCGGCUACGCCGGCUCACUAUGAGGCCUUGCGUAAGUCAAUGACAGAACGGUUCCACUUCGGGAAGUGGGAGAAGGGUGAGGAGGAGUUCCAGGCACUUCGCUCCUUGGUCUUUAAGAUCAACUGGGUUGGAAGAGAGAGUCGACCAGAAGCUGCGGGCAUUGCCUCACUGAUGGCCAGUCGCCUCCCAAGAGCGACCAUUGGGGAUGUGAUCAUCGUGAAUCGGUUCGUCAACUUCCUCAGGUCGACAGCAGAGCGCCCCAUGAAGAUCUGGCGUUUCCAUCCCGAGGAGAUGUGCUUCAUCGCUGUCUCUGAUGCGGGCGGCAUUAACAUGCAGGGCACGGACCUGGUGGAUGCAGAGGGCUUGCCUAUGGAUGCAACUCAGGGGGCGUGGAUGGUCCUGACUGCGGGGGCUCUUCCGCAAGGGAAGGCAGCAGUACGGGCCUCACCAAUCACCUGGCGCUCCUCUCGCCUCAAGCGCAAGGUGUUUUCUACGUUUGGUGGGGAGACGCAGGCGAUGCUGCAGGGCGUGAACGAAGUCGACUGGCUUCAGGAACUGUUUGAGCCCACACAUGCUGGUGAUGCGGGGGCGAAGUCGCUGUUUGACUGCUUGCUCAGGGAGAACCCCAGUGGGAAGCAGGACAGAAAGAGCGCCUUGGAGCUUGCCAUCAUCCUGAAGGACCUCCAGGAGACACGCUCGAUGGUGCGAUGGGUUCCGCACCAGAAGAUGCUAGUGGACAGCCUCACUAAGCUGGACCCCCUGAAGGCGAACGACGCUUUGCACCAGUUCUUGCGCAGCGGCUGGCUGAGUCUCGUAGAUGUACAGGAGGAGUUGACUUGCCGGAAGACGGAUCCGGCAUACAAGUGACGCAGCCAUCAUGCGUCCCAGCAGCGACUGCUGUCCGAAUACCAGCAGCAGUUGACUGAGUUCUUG